UUGGUUGAUUGAUUUAGCGAGCGAGCGAUCGCCUCCCACCGCAAUUUAUUGUUUUCGAUUCUCGUCUCGAUCCGUCGCUUGUCGUGUGCUCUCGCUUGUUUUCGCUUGUUGCCCAGUGUCUAAGAGUGGGUGGUGAGGGUCUCAGAGUGCUAAGCUGUGCAGCAGCUGUCGAAUUUCGAAGCCAUUUCCACCAUGGAUGUCACUCCUGCAGCAGCGAUGGAGGAGAACGUGGAGACGUUCGCCUUCCAGGCCGAGAUCAACCAGCUGUUGAGUUUGAUCAUUAACACGUUUUACAGCAAUAAGGAGAUUUUUCUCCGUGAGUUGAUCAGUAAUGCCUCCGAUGCCCUCGACAAGAUUCGUUUCCAGAGUUUGACCGAUAAGAGCAAGUUGGAUGGACAGCCCGAGCUUUUUAUCCACAUUGUUCCGGACAAGGCCAACAACACCUUGAGCAUCAUUGAUAGUGGAAUCGGAAUGACCAAGUCGGACAUGGUCAACAACUUGGGAACCAUCGCUAGAUCCGGAACCAAGGAGUUUAUGGAGGCUUUGGCCGCCGGAGCAGAUGUGAGCAUGAUCGGACAGUUCGGAGUGGGAUUUUACUCUGCAUACCUGGUCGCAGAAAGAGUCGUUGUUACAUCUAAGCACAACGAUGACGAGCAGUACGUAUGGGAAUCUCAGGCCGGUGGAUCCUUCACCGUCACGCGUGACACUUCAGGCGAGGCUCUUGGACGUGGAACCAAGAUCACGCUGCACAUGAAAGAGGAUCAGCAGGAGUACUUGGAAGAGAGGAGAUUGAAGGACUUGAUCAAGAAGUACUCUGAGUUCAUUGGGUACCCCAUCUCCCUGUGGGUGGAGAAGACUGUGGAGAAGGAAGUAUCUGACGACGAGGAGGAAGAAGAGAAGGACGAGAAGGAGAAGAUCGAGGACGUAGAGGAAGAUAAGGAGAGGAAGACGAAGAAGGUGAAGGAGGUGUUCCACGAGUGGAAUCUGGUUAACAGCCAGAAGCCCAUUUGGAUGAGAAAGCCGGAAGAUAUCUCCAAGGACGAGUAUGCUGCAUUCUACAAGAGUUUGACCAACGACUGGGAGGAGCACCUCGCCGUGAAGCACUUCUCUGUGGAGGGACAGUUGGAGUUCAGGGCUGUCAUUUUCGUGCCCAAGCGUGCACCCUUCGAUCUCUCCGACACGAAGAAGAAAAACAACAAUAUCAAGCUCUACGUGAGACGCGUUUUCAUUAUGGAUAACUGUGAGGAGUUGGUUCCUGAGUACCUGAGCUUCGUGAAAGGAGUGGUCGAUUCCGAGGAUCUACCCCUGAACAUUUCACGUGAGACCCUUCAACAAAACAAGAUUCUGAAGGUUAUCAGGAAGAACUUGGUGAAGAAGUGCAUCGAGAUGUUCACUGAGAUUUCAGAGAACAAGGAGGAAUACGACAAGUUCUACGAGGCUUUCUCAAAGAACUUGAAGCUCGGGAUUCACGAAGACGCCCAGAACAGGGCGAAGUUGGCUGAUCUGUUGAGGUACCACUCGACCAAGAGUGGUAGUGAGAUGACCACAUUGAAGGACUACGUGACGAGAAUGAAGGAAGGCCAAAAGGAAAUUUACUACAUCACCGGAGAAAGCAAGAAGGCCGUGGAGAAUUCUCCAUUCCUUGAGACUCUGAAGAAGAAGGGGUACGAAGUUUUGUUCAUGGUUGACGCUAUCGAUGAGUACGCCGUCGGACAGUUGAAGGAGUACGACGGCCACAAGCUCGUCUCCGCAACAAAGGAGGGCCUGAAGUUGGACGAAUCUGAAGCUGAGAAGAAGGACAAGGAGGAGAAGAAGGCCGCCUUCGACAACCUCUGCAAGGUUAUGAAGGACAUCCUCGGCGAAAAGGUCGAGAAGGUCGUCGUCUCCGACCGCAUUGUGGAUUCCCCAUGCUGCCUGGUAACCGGUGAGUACGGAUGGACUGCCAACAUGGAGCGCAUCAUGAAGGCUCAAGCCCUGCGCGACAGCAGCAUGUCCAGCUACAUGUCGAGUAAAAAGAUCAUGGAAAUCAACCCGGAGAACGGCAUCAUGGACGAGUUGAGGAAGAGAGCCGAUGUCGACAAGAGCGACAAGUCCGUGAAGGACCUUGUUCUUCUGCUCUUCGAAACCGCCCUCAUCACUUCUGGCUUCAGUCUCGAGGACCCGAACACAUUCGCAACUCGCAUCCACAGGAUGUUGAAGCUCGGACUGAGCAUCGACGAGGAAGCCGUUCCAGACGUGGAUGCCGACAUGCCAGCCUUGGAGGCCGAGGCUGAUGCUGAAGGAAGCAAGAUGGAGGAGGUCGAUUAAUUUGUCUAAGGAUUUCUGUUCAUCGGCAUGCCUGAUCUCUGAAGCGGCAGCCGUCAGAAGUUUUUGUAAGAAUUUAGUGUUUAUCAAGUUUCGCAGUCGGUAAUUUUGUCCCUUACCUGGAGUUUUGAGUUACAUUGGUCCUCACAGGCUGAUCGCCCCGUCCGUGAUUCCCAGCUCUUGGACGCUUGUUUAGAUUCCUGUGUCAUGAGGCGGGGACGAGUUACGCCCUGCGACGGACUUUUUAACUUUUUACCGAGUGGCGGCGGCCAUAGACUGUAGUGGACUUCCUUGGAGAGGUCGGAGUGCGAAGCUACCGUUUCUUCGCUGGGCAUGCUCCCGAGUUUGGAUAGGUCCGUCGAUCCUGCCCAUGUAACCCUUUGGUCUCCGUCGUGUGAUACCUGACCAGGGCUCGUUAUGGUAAGGAAUCGAUGUGGUCAGUCUGGUAGGAAGGGAAGAAUCUUCUUCCCAAGAGCAGUAGUAGUAAAGGUCAGGGCUGAGCCACUGAGAGGCAGAACCCCGCAAAUCAGUGUACAUACUUUCAAAGAGCUGAGCUGAUCGUCAGUUGCCUCGAUUAAAAAGGUUUCGAAGUCCUUCGUUUUGCCAACCACGGCGCUUGGCUCGGAACUCAUACUGCUAGCGAACAAUUACUGUUCAACGGUGGGAAUCACCUUAUUCUUAUGAUGGGUGUGUGUUCGAAGUGGAAGUCAUGUGAAAAUUUUAAAACCGUAUUGC